AUGUUGGAAGAAAGGAAUAUCAAUCUGCAAAGGACCACCUCCUCUGAUUCUACAGAUUCAGGCUGCUGUAUGGAUUCUCCCACCUUGCAGGGCAUGAAGGACCUCGAUGACCCCUUCCGACUUCCAGUGCAAAGGAUGCAUUCCAUCCCGCAAAGCCUUCUGGGAUGUAGCCCUGCUCUGAAGAGGAGCCAUUCGGAUGUGCUGGGCUGCAGCACCUUUCAGUCCUGUGACUCUGAAGAGGACAAAGAGAACGAGCCUUUUGAAUUCAAAAAGCCAACACGGCCUGCUUCUCGUAGUUCUCUGCGCAACUCUUCCCUUGAAGGUGAACUAGACACUUUAGGGCUGAGGCAGAGGUCUGCCCCAGGGUUUAUGGUAUGUAUCUCUGGAAAUGGCGAAAGUGAAAAUAACCUGGGAAGUUACAGCCCUGCUUGUCUGAGGCAGCUCUCUCUGACGGCCCCUGGAACAGAAGAUGAGGAUGAUGGAUUCCUAGAGAUUAUGGAUGGGCAAGAUGUCAGUAAUGACGAAGAGAUGCCAUUUGGCGUGGCAAGUCUAUGGACUGCACCAUUAGUGACGAAGACACGACAGGAAACCCAGAAUAAACGGUGCCGGCUGCUGGGGGCAGAAAGCAAGCCGUACAGUAUGGCCAAGGCCGCCCUGAAAAGAGUGGAGAGAUCCCAAGAAGAGAAUUCGUCGGGGGCCGGCAAGAGGAGGAGAGAUGCUCGUGAAGCACCAUCUGAAGAACUGACGAGUCAGGCCCUUGUUGGGGUACCGCUUUCAUCCUCAACAGAGAUAGAGAAUAUUCUGGACAGCGACCAAAGGGACCUUAUUGGAGACUUCUCAAAGGGUUAUCUUUUCCACACGGUGGAUGGGAAGCAUCAAGAUCUGAAAUAUAUCGACCCAGAAAUGAUUGUUGCAGUGUUGAAUGGAAGCUUCUCGGGGUUCAUUAAGGAGUGUGUGAUAAUUGACUGCAGAUAUCCCUAUGAGUACGAAGGAGGCCAUAUCAAGGGUGCUGUGAACCUCCACAUGGAAGCGGAUGUAGAGGCCUUCUUGCUGAAGAAGCCCAUCGUAUCAUCGGACAACAAGCGAGUCAUCGUCGUUUUCCACUGCGAGUUCUCAUCAGAGCGGGGACCUCGCAUGUGCCGGUUUGUGAGGGAGAGAGAUCGGCUUGGCAAUGAGUACCCCAACCUGCACUACCCUGAGCUGUAUGUCCUGAAAGGGGGCUACAAGGACUUCUUCUUAAAAUGCAGGAGCUACUGCGAACCGCAGGGCUAUCGCCCCAUGCACCACGAAGACUUCAGGGAAGACCUGAGGAAAUUCCGCACAAAAAGUCGGACGUGGGCGGGUGAGAAGAGCAAAAGGGAGCUGUACAGUCGCCUGAAGAAGCUCUGA